AUGGAACCAACUGAAAACCAACAACAACAACCACAACCACAACAGCAGCAACAGCAACACCUCAAGAGGAAACCAGAGCAAGAACCAACCACGAUCGAUGGGGCACUCAGUCGACUACCCAAACGAAGGGUGGCCAUCAUGAUAGGCUACUACGGCAGAGGCUAUCAAGGAUCUCAGAUCAACCCAGGCACGAAGACCAUCGAAGGAACCCUCUUCAACGCAUUCGUUCGAGCUGGUUGUAUCACUCAGGACAACUCAACACAUCCUAACAAGGUCGGGCUACAGAGAGCUGCUCGGACGGAUGCUAACGUAUCGGCGUGUUGUAAUCUGAUCUCACUCAAGUUGAUCCUCAAUCCACCUGAAAUCGGACAAGACAAAAGAAUGGACCAACACAUCAAUCGAUUCUUACCAUCGGAUAUGAAAAUCUGGGAAAUCAUCCGAGUCCAAAACUCAUUCAACCCUCGUUCGUUCUGCGAUUCCAGAGUUUACGAAUACUCACUACCUACCUGGUUGUUCCUACCCCCUAAACCAGGCUCACCAUUACACCAGAGACUAAUGAAACUCAACCAAAAUCGCAUCAAGAAGACAGGAGAAGAAGAAGAAGACGCAGAAAAAGAAGAAGAUCCUGAAGCCAACUGGUGGAACGACCACUCAAACUUACUAGAGAAAGACUUCAAAUCGAUCCAAGCGGAGAGACGGGGGAGCUAUCGAAUAUCUCAGAUGAUGAUCGCCCGAAUCAAAUCUGUCCUCGAUCAAUUCAGGGGCACCCAUAACUUCCAUAACCUCACCGUCGGUAAAGCUUUCACCGAACGUAAUGCGGUUAGAAUCAUGAAAGAUUUCACAGUCUCCGAGCCAUUCUUGGUGGGUGGUUCUGAUCCGACUAACCCCAAGGAUGAUGAUGAUCAUCAGCCCCUCGAAAAUCCUCCAACCGAAUGGAUCUCGAUCACUUUCCACGGCCAGAGCUUCAUGCUCCAUCAAAUCCGAAAGAUGAUUGGACUGCUCGUCUUGGUAUGUAGAACUCGGACCCCAGUGUCGAUCAUUAAGCAGCUCUACGGUCCGAGAAAAGUCAGUAUACCCAAGGCACCCGGGAUCGGAUUGAUCUUGCGCAAACUCAACUUUCACGGUUAUAAUAAAAAAAUCCAACAUAUUAACGAGCAAACCCUACAGCGAAGAAAUAAGAAGAGGAAAGGUGCAAGAAACGGGGGUGAUCAAGAGGAUGAUCAGUUGAUGAUUUGGGACUCGAUCGAGUGCGAUCGGUUCGAAGCUCUUUUCGAGCGUUUCAAGUUGGAAACUUUGUUCAAUCGAAUCUUUCUCAAUCAAACCUCUCAGAUAUCCAACGAGCCUCAAGACUCAAACCCGAUCGCUGGGGAUCAAAAAGUAGAUCCUGUCGAAUUGGAUACAGUCAAAGAGGAAGAAUCGGGGUCCAAAAACUCAAAACCAACGUCCACCAAGCCUCCUAAAUCUAGUAGAGCGGCUCACAAAGACGACGAUGACGAUGACGAGAUUGAUGAAAAAGACGAGGAUGACGACGUUGUUCCUGUCGAGAAACUCGAGGGCGAGGAUCCAUUUGGGGUGUGGAUGAAUUACUUGGACGUUUAUACUGGACCUGAUCUUGACUUCUUGAAUCCUGAUGGGAUCUUACCUGAUGAUAAGUAA